AACGUUUCAUAUUAUGACUCAUAAACCCCUAAAAAAAAAUUACCGAGGUAUAUUUAGUCCGCCGCAUGACAAAGAAGCACCUUCACCUUCAGCUCUCUAUUUUCCAAUGGCUUCUCUCUUCAAGGAUCCCUCCAAGCUUUCAGCGUAUCGGGAUAGGAGGUUUAAUGGGACACAGGAAGAAUUUGAACUUGCACUCAAGACCUCUACGACUGUGUAUCUUGGAAACAUGUCGUUUUACACAACGGAGGAACAAGUCUAUGAGCUUUUCUCGCGUGCUGGAGAAAUUAAGAAGAUAAUCAUGGGUUUGGAUAAGAACAACAAAACCCCUUGUGGCUUUUGCUUUGUCCAAUACUACUCUAGGGAGGACACUGAGGAUGCUGUCAAAUAUAUAAGUGGGACAAUUCUUGACGAUCGACCUAUUCGUGUAGAUUUUGAUUGGGGAUUCCAAGAAGGAAGGCAAUGGGGUCGUGGUAAAAGUGGUGGACAGGUGCGCGAUGAAUAUCGAACCGAUUAUGAUCCUGAUAUCCUUUCAGCUUUGUUGUUGAUGCUUAUUGGUCUUUGGAAACAAGCAUCUAAAUUCCCAACAAGCUGGCAACUUCUCAUUUUUUUAUGCAUUUGACAAACAUUAGGGAAGUCGCUGAUGUCUAGCAAGUAGCAUGUUAUAACCUAAUGGGGCCUAAUGGCUUCAAUCUCAUCAGUGUUGUUUGGUUGCUGGUAUUAGGCUACAAGUUAAUUCAUCCAAGACAACAUUAUAGCUCAAGAUCAAGUUCCUUGGGCUUGAAUUUGGUCUCGAGAUAUAACUCAUAGAUACACAAAGUUUCUUCUAGUCUAUAGGCUUUGCAUCAUGGGCAGGUUCAAAAUAUUACAUCAUGGGUUGGUUAAUUGUUUUUUCCCUUGAACCAUAUUAAGAGGUGAGAAUUGUUUGUUUUCAGUGUGGAUAGGUGCAAGGCCAUAAAAAAUGUAUAAACAGGGUGCCUAAUCAGUACUUGAUAUGCUUAUACUGGGCUCAAUUUCCUGCUUUUUUGUUUUCAUAUAUUGGUUGGGUCAUAUGUUUUGAGAUAUAGGGUUAUAAAUCUUCAGUCUGGGAGCAAGCUCCAAUACUGUCUGUUUCAUUUUCUUCUUCUGAAAUUUUACUGCACUUCUGGGGCAAUUUCCUAGAUGGUGAAGUUACUCUAGUAGUUCUGAAUAAUUCUGCUGGAGAUUUGCUGUUUUAGUAUACUUAACAUAUUAUACGCAGAGGUGGCUAUGGAAAAUUAGUUCAACGUGAGUUGGAAGCACAAAGGCAGCUUGUGGAUUAUGGUGCUGGGUCAUUGAGCUCAUUUCCAUCAGUUGUGCCUCACUGUAAGUUUCUGAU